UUUCAGGUUGGCUGCUUCCCUGGCUCCCUCGGCAAAAGCUGUAAGGCAAAUAGGUGAGGGAAAACGGCAUGGAAGUUUGCAGUGGAAAUGGAUAAAUAGUCUAGCUUGACCUUUAUUCGGGACACAGAAACUCGAUCAGCUGAUGACUCCACACUAGCUGCCAUUUUUAGGUCAUUCGAGGCAUCUCGCUAACUUGUUUGUAGCUCCAGUCAGUUGUAUGAAUAAGCCUUAUACAUUCAUCUAUUAUUUGCCCACUGGGAUGGGGAAAGCGCUUUGUCCGGUGCUGUGUAACAGUGGAAUAUAAAUCAUGAUGGCUGAUGGAUGUUGCAGAGGGAUGGAAAGAGGCAGGGGUAAGAUUGCAUCAGAUUCUUUACCGAGAUCCGCAUAUACUCAGCAAUAUGUGCAGACAGGAUCACAGCAGCAGGGCAAUGACAUCCAGGAGUUAGCCUCCAAACGCGUCGACAUCCAGAAGAAACGCUUCUACCUGGAUGUGAAGCAGAGUGUGCGCGGACGUUUCCUCAAAAUAGCCGAGGUAUGGAUCGGAAGAGGCCGGCAUGAUAACAUCAGGAAGAGCAAGCUGACGCUGUCUAUGUCCAUGGCUCCCGCUCUACGCUACUGCCUGGGAGACUUCAUAGAUUAUUAUGCCCGGAUCGGACUGCGGGGGGGCCUGGCGACUCCGCAGCUCGAGGAGCACAGUAACAACGGCCAGGGCCGCGCGCACGAUUCCCGCAGGAGAGCGCAGGAGCAGCACGCGGCGCUGUCUCCCACCGGCUCUGCGGUGUCCGACGACCACGCACACCGCGUUCUCAAGAGCGAGUUCAUCGAGAGAGACAACAGAAAGUACUUUCUUGACCUGAAGGAGAACCAGAGAGGCAGGUUCCUCCGCAUACGACAGACUGUCAGCAAAGGACAUGGUACAAUGGGCUACUACGGCCAGGGCAUCGAGCAGACCAUCGUGCUGCCCGCCCAGGGGCUCAUCGAGUUCAGAGACGCGCUGUCACAGCUGAUCGAAGACUACGGCGACGAAGAGAGCGACGACCGCGGCCGAGUCGGAUCCAGGAAUCACGACGACAACCCUGAACUUCCAGAAGCUGCAUCCUUCCGGGUGGACAACAAGAGGUUUUACUUUGACGUCGGCUCUAACCGGUAUGGCAUCUUUUUAAAAAUUAGCGAAGUGCGGCAGCCGUAUAGAAACACCAUUACAGUUCCCCUAAAAGCCUGGGCUCGAUUUGGAGAAAAUUUCAUCAGGUACGAGGAAGAGAUGCGACGGAUUUUCUCCUGUCACAAAGAGAAGAGGACAGACGCUCGGCAGGACAGUGAGGAGCAGGAGGACUGACCUUGGCAGUAGGCUCUGUCUGUGCUCUUGCAUGUAUUCUAGGGAUCCCGUUCAUGAAGAAAAUGUCCAGACGGGACAGUGCCCCCUAAAUACCCCCGCCAUGUUCUGUCCCUACACACUUUUUGGUUCAUCUGCUAAGGGCUGGUAAACAACAAAUUUGAACCUGCCAAGAAAUGAUUUAUUCAUUGUAGCCCAAUGUCUGUUCAAUGACAAAAUGUCCGAUUCAUUAUCCAAUCCUUCCAUUUCUCAGUGCUAUGCACUUUGGGCACUUGGCCAGGGCCAGCGCAAGCCAAUUUUGGGGCCCUGAGCAGAAUUUUAUGGCCCCCACCCCUCCCCCAUUACCCUCUUAUAUUUGAGAGUGCACUAUGAAUUGUUUUAUUAAAAGUGAUAUUGAAGGGUGACACUAGUGGCACAAGCAAGGAUUAAUCAAACUACUUUAAUAUUUUGCCCCCAAAGCAUAUUAGUUAACAGUUGUAUGAUGCGCAAACGUGUCAUUUACAACUAAUCAAUACCAAUUACCGAUAUGGUGGUAAUCGGUAAUGGCGGCUAAUAUAGAGAAUUUUUUAGUUGGAAUGAAAAUAGAACUUUUCUAUGUAAAUGUCUGCAAAUGUGAAGGCUGCUUUCUUAAACAAAUAACUGUAUUAAAGAAUGUUUAAGUUAAAUAUUCUUUAACGUGUUAAAAAUUGAACAUAACCAUUGUCAACCAAAUGUAGUUGACAUUGCUGAGAGCUGCUUCUUCUCUCUUAACCUGUGCUGCUCACCACAGUAUUUAUUAAAAUCAUAAUUGAUUGAGACUUUGCAGUGACAACCAUAUAUUACCACAACCAUUUGUUUCUGCAUUUUAUGCUGGACAAUUUCAUGUGAGCCCAUAACAGAAACCCAGAUACCAACAGGAGAAGUUAUGUCUGCAAUAGGCCAAUACAUUAUAUCAGCCGGGCUCUAAUGACUUAGAAACAAUGAAUUGACUUUAUGUGUAUAUUAAGAUAUAUAAAAUGAUAAAACUAUGAAGAUUAUGAAAUCUAUGUAAUUUAAUUUAUAUUUUAAGCCCCUACAAGGAACUGUAUUUUUGUGUUGAUUCUGGCGGCCCCUGUGGACAAAAGUGGUUGUGUUUCCACUGUCUUGUUUCAUUGAUUUUAAGGGGAAUCUGACCAAAUCUGACCUGGUGGGAGACAUUAAGCAUAACUAUAUAGAAAAAGCCAAUAUUCUCAAUGGUGGUCUGUUUAUGUAGCUUAUAUAGAGGCACUGGCAUUAAAUGUAGAUUAAAAACCCCUUGCAACUCCUUAGAAGACCUCAUGUGGAAUUUGUUGGCCAUUGAGCCCCAAGCAAGAACACAUACUGGCUGCACCUACUGCAGAGAGAGAAAAGGCAUUCAAGGUGCAGUAACCGGGAUGUGCUGAGCAAAUGUGAUAAUAAUAAAUAAUAAUAAUAAGAUGAGUAUACACACAGUAGAUGUUACCAUGUAGAGGUGAGGCUUUCACAUCCACAAUAACUCUGUGGCAAAAAUGAAUGCAGGCUUCCUCAUUCAUUCAUUACAAUGACACAACACUUCCUGCAGUGCAGUGCUGUUGGCAAAUCAAAUACGUGCAAGGGACCAGACCAGGUAGAACAGAGUGUAAAAUGUAGCAGUGUACUGAUUGAGAGGAGGGAAGAAAUGAGACUUCUAGUGGUGUCAAGUCCAGCCUCAAAGGAGCACCAGGACAGAAAGUGCUAUGUGAUGGUCCAGUUUUUGAUGAGCCUUCAGAUUAGAGUUGGUAUUUUAUCUUUCAUUUCCAGCACCUCGUGUUCUACCAUAGUGCUAUUGUUAGUGGGAGGGUUACCAAUCAGGUUGUAGUGGUUAAACGCAGGACUGUGUUUGUAUUGUAUUGAGCUGAGUCAAAUUCAGAUACUAAUAAUUUAUGUAUUACCUGUUAUAAAGCCUCAAACAAUUGAAAAAGAAUCAACUUGUGGCAUUUGCAGCUGGAGUAGAUCACUGUAUGAAUAUAUCUGUUAAAAGAUGUCACCGUCCAAAAACCCAGUGAAGACAGAGAAGUUACUGUGACAACUGUCUGCAAAGACACAUGUAGAUCUUGCUGUUCUUACUGUAGUUACAUUAUUUAUUCUAUAUGACAAUUAUAGCCUAACAGCUCAGAUUUAGACAUUUUAUUUGCUGAAGGAAAGGUAUUUUACAUGUGUUCUGCUAAGCACAUGAGAGAUGACCAUAUGCAGCAUGUCUUCACUAGCGGCACAGCGGUGUUUGGCAGAAAAAAAUAAUGGCCCUGGUCACAGUUAUGCCAGUGUAGACAGCUAGACUGCUGAAUGGAAAUGUUUCUGUUCUAUCUGAAACACAUCCAACAUAGACGAGGGCCUAGGAACAGACCUAAACUGGCUCUGCACUCAAACUAGGAAGAACGUGGCUCUAUUUUUCCAUUUGCUCACCACUUUAUAACAAUUAUCAUUUUGUGAAGAAGAGCUGUGGUUUCUUAACGUUUUGGCUUGUGACCACUUAGAACAAAACAAACUCUACAAGUUGUUCACCAAAGAACAAUUUAAUUCUAAGAUUCAUUUAUAGUUUUCAUGGCAACAUUAGGAGGUCACAUUCUCAGUAAAGUCUGCAUUAGGACAGAAAUAUAUAUUUUUUUGCUUUUCUAUCCUGUUAAUCAUUUAUCUGAUAAUGAUACAACCAGGCCAGGUUUUGAACCACUGAUGUAGACAGUCCUAGUGCCAGUUGUAUGGUGAUGCCUAAAAAGAAGAAUUAUAUUUUAGAUCAUUUUGCUACAUGGUAAAUGGACCUGUACUUGUGUAGCACCUUUCUAGUCUUCAAACUACGUGCCACAUUCACACACCAGUUGGGAGUAAUUUGGGGUUCAGUAUCUUGCACAAGGAUACUUUGACGUGUGGCACCAGGAGCCAGGGAUCGAACCAGCAACCUUCUGAUUAGGGAUCAACCCGCGCUGCCUCUGCGCCACAGCCGCCCAUGUCCAUUAGACCAUUACGCACUGAUUAUAUUUGAAAUGAGACAUCACUUCUUACGUUAGCUACAAAAUCCACUGCUUAAUGUUUUAGGAUAAUGAUAAUCUGAUUUUGAAAUAUGUGGUGCUAUGGAAAUGUGUUUACACAUUUUCUGUAUGUCAUAUGAAAUUCUUCAUAUCCCAUGUAGGACAGCUCAGAUCUACAUAUUUUCAACAUGACAUACAUAAACAGAUAGAUGAAGGUAGAAAAUGUUACCUUGAUGUCAGUGAACACCUCUGUGCUCAUUGGUACUCUGGGUAGAUAAAUGAGUGGCAGCAUAGAAAGGGCUUAAAAUCCUCCUAAAACGGGUCUAUAAAUUGUGUGCUGGCUCGUGCAGAAUCAUGUAUUUUACCUUUCCAUACUAUCUACUGAUAAGUAAGUGAUGAAGUUGUCUUUAAGUGUUUAUGUCUUGUAUGUUCUUUUUGGCAGAGUCCCUAAAAGUCCAUGGAGUGCUGUUUCUCCAUUAGAGCUUGAAUGGCCGUACAUUGAGCUUUUCGUAUACUGUAUGUUACCUGCAUGAAAGAAGAGCUGUCACUAAUGACAAAGAGCCAGAUUCAGACUUUGACAGCUGUUGUGCUCUGCUGAUUCCAAACCUUGGAAUCAGUAUGAGGUGAUUCAAGGUCUUCUGUAAGAUCGGACACUAAAGUGACCAAAAACAAGUGCUCCCAACCUUUUUCUGAUGCAAAAAAGUUAUAGGCAUAAUAGGUAAAUACCACAAACAUAAAAAAUUAUAAUUUGAGAAUAACCAUAAACAAUGCAGUUAGUUUAUCUCUGGUAAUUAGCAUAUAAUUUAAUGGACAGUAAUAGCAUCUAAAAUAUAGUUUUCCAAGGGGUGUGGCCAACACAAACAAAGCUGGUCUCUAACUAUGGCCACCUCAACUGUUGUUCAAAACACGGAAUAAAUAACUUCCAACGUCACAAAAAAAACUCUUGCAACUUAUCAACACAAUUGAUGAUGUAUAACAUUAAUUACAAAUUAACAUGGUGGACUCUGGAAGAAGAGGAUCGACUCCUUCUGUAAAUAAAAAUGUCUUAUUCUAAGAAAGACGAAGAGAAAGAGAAAAACAAAACGAUUCUUAUUUUCAGGUGAUUAUAUACUAAUGAAAACAUACCUAUGAAUAUUAUAUUCCUUUUCUGCCAAUAGUUCCUCCUCAAUAUUACACACUGGACGGUAAAACAGAGUUCAGCUGUGUGGAGGUCUCUGAGCUCAUAUCUCAGAACGCAGUGCUCUGCUGCCUGCUGCAGUUUUAUAGCUAUAUAGUCACUGGCACAGAAUGGCCAUUCAAAGGGCAGGUUCUACAAUGUAGCCUUACACACACUGUACUUGGUACAGUACAUGUAUGUCAUUCAUUCCAGGAGACUGGGUCGCAGAAAUGUCAUUUGUCUUAUGUUCAUUUUCAGAAUUUUUGCUUCACCUAAAUGCUCUUAUUUUGUAUCAUUUAUUAAGUAUUUAAAAUGUGUGUAUUGUUUUACUGACGAGGGGAAAUAAAAACAAUGGGACAGCCUGUUACAGUAACUCCGCUUAAAUUAAUUCAUUAGGUCUUAUUUAAAAGUAUUUAACUUUUGAAGUAAUUUUUAAGUAAAAAUGCACAAAUUUGGUCUUCUCACUGUGAAUUGGGUCACCGCGGUUUAUUAUUCUUAAAAAAGUGGGUCCCCAGAAAAAAUAUUUGGGAAACACUGAUAUAUGUCAUACAGUCUGUAAAAACAUUUCUUCUAGACAGUAUAUUCAAACAAUGUCCAUGAAAAGUGUAUAUUGAGACAAUUUAAACAUAGUUUUGUCCAUUUAGUAUAUAGUCCAUUCUAAAUCAGCGUGCAAGGUGUAUUAAACUGCACCUAAGUAACCUUAGCAACAAUAGUUAUGUUUCAGAUGACCUAUUAAGUCUCAGUGGCAACAAGAACACUUGCUGACUAGUCCAUGUCUGAACAGAAGCAAGUCAAACAUGCACAUUUCAAACCACGUACGAGCCACAGAAGUGACUGAGUCGGGCCCUUUCUCUCAGUGUCUCUACGGCGUACUGACUAUGGUCAGCUUUAAGUUUAUUGCUGAGGUGCAAUGAAAUGACUGGUCUUGUGUAGGAGGUAAACAAAAUGCAGAAACAUCUGUGUUAAAAAAAUUUGUACUGGUGGCAUUCAUUCUUGUGAUGCCUUGUGUGCAGGACUAGUUGGGUUUGGUUUGUGUCUGUUGUCUAGUGUAGGGCGUGAACUUUAAUGAUCCAAUGAGUUGUUUUAUUUUCAUAUAAAUUGCUAAAGUUAUAUAAACCAGUGUAGGAAGUAUAAUUCAAAGCACAAUUUAUUUCAAAAAAUGAAAUGGAAUUACAAUAUAUACACAGUUCUUUACAUUGAUUUGAUUCAGCAUUGAUGGCUUGUGAAUUUGGCCCAAGAGGCAAAUUUUCUCAAAGAUGAAAUCUUGCCUCAGCUGGGAUAUUACGACAAAGCUAUGGUAUUUAUUCUCUUGAAUGUGGAAUACAAAUUCCUUAAAAGAUAUAAUGUCAUCUGUUGAAUUCCAAAUAUCACUCCAAAAAGCACUUUAAAUAAAGGUUGCACUUUUGUUCUGCUGCUUUGUAAUCAGUUGACAUAGAGGGACCAUUUCUAUCCAUGCCUUUGGUGUAAAGUGACAAUCAUGGAUCCCUGCUUAUAGAAUCUGAUGAGCUGCAGUUACACACAUCAUGAUUGGGGUUUCACUGAAUUGACAGUCUGGAGUUGAACAUCUUUUGUAUAGAAUUGUUUGGCAACAGCACAAACUACGUAACUGUAUUUAAAGCUGCAGUAGUUAACUUUUUAAAAUUAACUUUUUGUGCUAUUUGCUGAAACACACUGUAUACUGACAGUAAAAAAAACAGAUAAUCUGAGAAAAAAUCUGGUCCUCCUAGUGCUGCUAAUGGAUGAAAAAUAGUUGUCUCAUGCACUACUGUCAGGAUACAAUAUUUGCUUUACAUUUUUCCUAUAAAAACAGGCACCUAGGGAGCGCAGAAUGUCCGUUACGUCCCCCUGUGAAGGAGUUGUGGCAGAGCAGCCUGAGGAUGUCAAUAUUUUUUUCCAUAAAAUCCAGUUUCACCAAAAUUACUGCUAAAAAAGCUGUGCUAAAGCUUUGUUUUUGUACAGGGAUGAAGUUCAAUUAAAUGCAGGUUUAUUUGUAUAGCGCCAAUUCAUAAAGUUAUCUCAUUUUUGAAAUGGAGCAGGUCUCGACCAUAGUCCUUAUGAAAUUAUUUACAGAGACCGAAUACUACCCACCAUGAGCAAGAACUUGGCGACAGCGGCAAGGAAAAAAUUCCUUUUAAGAGGCAGAAACCUCAGACAGGCACUAGGUAUAUGGCUGUCUGUCUCGACCAGUUGUGUUUUUGUACAGUAAUCAGUGAGGCCCAGCCCCCCAGAAAGGGUCAGCUCUGGCAGAAAUCCAUGCUGUUGCUAGCUAGCUAACAAAUAAAUCUUCGCUCUGUGUCACUAAAAGUUGAAGAUUGAUAGGUGGAUGUCAAGAUAGUAAGAGUUGUGUUACAGAAAAAAAAAAUUGGAUUUGAUUUUUGGAAUAGGCAAUAUGGCUGGGGAUGUAAUCUUAAAGGGUUAAAAAUGCGUUUUUCAUUUCAACUGUAGUUAUCUACUGCAGCUUUAAAAACUGUAAUGUCCAUUUCAAUAAUCUGUUUGAAUUUGCCUUGUAGUCCAAUGAGGGGUAUUCAUAAAAUGUACUGUCUGUCUGAUCCAAGCCCUGUUGUCUUGGAAAAUGUGGUGAACUGAUAUUUAUGACACCAAACCAGCUGAAGACUAAUGUAGCAGCUGAACAGGCCAAUGUGUGCUAGUUUGACAUUCGAUUAUGUGGGUUACAUUCAAAUACAUUUGAAUGAAUUACUUGUUUGUUCUAGUUAGUUUGAACUCAAUUUGACUGAGUUCAAAGUGAUUGCACAAACAGGACAUUGCAGCUUAUAUAAAACAGGUUAGAUGUCUUUUCAUUGAAUUUUUUGGUUUGCAAACAAAAUUACAACUUUAGUAUCAUAUAUUAUCAAAAGUAUCUCCAUCUUGGUGAAUCCAAUACUCUCUUAUGUUUCAUGUCAUGGCUUUGUGCUCAUUUCACAGCAUUUUUUAAGACCAAUAUAACAUUUUUUAGGAUGAAAAGGAAAAUUAUUACAGCUCUACAUCAUUAUGUUUUCUCCUUUGGUACCGUAUGCUUCUUUUCUGUAGAAUCAAAAUUAUGUAUUGGAUGUCAGUGCUGGAACCCCCAUGAGGACUUUCCUUAUUGUUGGGAAAUAAUAUCACACUGCAGAGCUAAAAAGAUUCUUAAGAGAGCUGAGUGUCUUGUCUAAAAUUAGUGACCCUGAUUUAAAAGAAUAACAAAUACAAAAUACAAAAUCUAAUUUAAUAAAUACAUAAAUAAUGAUGCAAAUGCUUUGUCUGUAUAUAUAACAAUGUUAGUCUCUUAUUUGCAUAAUAAAAAUUGGGUAUUUAAUAUAUUAUUUUUUGUUAUGCUUUUUGUUCCCCUUAAAGAAGCAUACUGGUGCUUUGCUUUUUGAUCCCAUUCUCCAACAAAUAAUUUUUUAUCGUAUUACUGAUUGAUUUCCAGCACUGUUGUUUUGACAGAGCAGCUCAACCCUAUGUCAAAUGAUUUCAAAGGUCUUGAAAAUAGAGAGUUGAAUCUGAAAGAAUUUGGGAAAAUAUCUUACAUACCGCUGAAGAUAGCCACCAGGAAUAUCAGUGACAGUUAACAGCCUUACUUACUGCUUCAAAUCUGAACUUCUGUUCUUACUUUCUUAGUUUUGUGCACACAGUUUUCCUGUGGAUUAUUAGCAACAUCUCAGGUGCGCUCAACUUCAGUUUUAUGUCCAAAUAAUAAUCAAUAAAAUGUCCCUACAAUUAUUGCCAAAUUACAUAGUUCUUUCCAGGAAACAUAAAUUAUUCGGAAAUUAUGGAUAUACUGACAUGAAUGAAACUAAAUCGAUCUGAAAACUGGUGAUCUUGAAUUAUAGUAUUUAACUCCCUCGUCCAACUUAAAAUGAAGUUGUAGAAUCCUCCCUGACAGAGAAUAACAGCAGUGUUCAGCUUGACUCCAGUGACAUUGGAUUCCAAUAGUGGCAAGAUUAAUAAAUAAAAGAUUAUUGUGUAAAAAUAUCUAUAAUAGUCCCUUCCUAAGUCCUGCUCCUUUUUGCUUUUUGCCCAAAUAACAGUUGAGCAAGCCUCGAUCAGAACCUCGGCCAACUUCUUCCUUUCCUGUACUUGAUAUGUACUUGAAGCCAACCCCAUUUUGAAGCUGGUUAAAAAAGCGACAUAUAUGCUUAUGCUUAUGCUUAAACUAGUUAAGAUUUUUGUUUCGAGGUCAACAAUGAGCUCAACUUCUCGGCUGUCCAUCUGUAGGCUCAGUAAUGUCUAUAUUUUUGCCAACAUGUGGCUAGAUCCAUGUCAGUGCUUCAGUUAGCGUCACAGUCAUCACAGAAGUAUGAAGGCACAACAAGAAACAGUGUAUUCAGACACAUUUUGACCACAGCUGCUCUUCCUUGUCACUCAGGAAAGUAUAAACAGUAACUGAGUGUUUGUCAACAACAAAAUCUAAGUUUCAGUGGACAAUCAACAGGGACCUACAGCAGGAGGGCUAUAGGGUGUUGGACUUGAACAACUUGUUGAAAGAUCUAGACUGUUAACAAAGAUCUAAUGUUUCCAACCCUGACACCUUAAAGCACCUUUACCAUUUUAGUGUAUCUUUGAUUAUUGUGCUUUGUUUUAGCAAUUAGAAAUAAUAAAAAGUCGAAAACCAACAGAAAACUAGUUCUCAUAGGGAUUGUUGCGAUACAUUCGGAUGGCAUUAUCAUAUCCAGUGUGAAAAUUAUCAUUUCAGAAUAAUGAGUAUUCAAAGUAAAGAGGUGGGACACAUUGACAAAGUGUAUGUGUAUCCGUGGUUGUGCAGGUAGAGUGAUGUGAAUGUAUGCAUACUGAAGAAAAUGUUCUGGUUUGCUGUUUUUGUUUUGCUUUCCGUUCAGCAUCAGAGUUUUGGAAUGGGAAAUGUAGAGAUGUCGAUGUUUGGUAAUCAUUUAAAAAUUAACUGAAGUGAAUAAUGAAAAUGUGAAAAGGUGUAUAUUUAGAUACAUGUAAUGUAAUACAUUGGUGUGUCCUAUAGUCCUGUAGCGUAAGACUUCAAAAAACAAGGAAGUUUUGUACUCUAGCACUUUCUUUAUGUGUACUGUAUUAGUUCAUCUUCUACAUGUAAAGUACUGUAUGAAUAUUCAUUACUUGCCUUGUAACGUUUAAAACGAUGUUGCAAAGAAAAUAAAGUUUUUAGAGUGUAUGCAUGCCAAUGGUUGGGUCCCAGUAUAAUAGGAAAACUAUAUGAAAAAAUGGUGCUAUGUUACAUUAUAUAAAGGUGCUUUUAUGGACCCCAGCUGAAUGCAUGCAAAGAGGAACUAUCAAACGAAGAAAUAAAGAGAAAAUUGAUGUCCUAGUACUGUUCUCAAAUAAUGCUGCUUCCCAAAGAUGUCGGAAAUUUGGAAAUUCCAACUUUCUAUUUUUUAACAUGCAACAGCCCUUCAAAUUAUUAUUCCAACUCUGGUGUAUGAUACAGAAAUCUAACCACAUGUCGGCAUUCUCUGAAACUCAAGCACACAGUGUUACUUUCACUCUAAACAUAUGUUUAGUGCAAGUUUGUUGGGAAGGAGCUUUUUAAAUCUGACAAAGAAAGUUGAAGUGUUGUUCAUGUUCUCCCCUGUUUUUUUCUGAGCUACAUCACUGGAACACAUGGAGGUAUUACACUCUGUUGGCAGGGAAUUUCCAACUGAAGACUAGAAGUGGAAUGCAUAGUAGGUGGCAGAAAUCCUACCUGAUCACAAACGGUGAAGUCUAACUGUAAAUGUCAUCAUUACCAGCCUCCACAGCCACGACACAAACCAGGCUGAGCCUGUUUGUGGCCCUGAGCAAGAAUGAUCAAAUAUGGAAAUUGUCAUAAAGGCAACGUAAACCAACAGUAUCUCAAACUUUAAACAGUCAGUCAUGAGGUGGUUUCUAUUUAUAAGAAAAAUGUCUAUUUACAGUUACACUGCCGUUGUGACAAAGGUCUAAAAGAUCUAUAGACAAUCUAAUGACAUCAUUUUGUACUCUUAAUUCUUCAGAUGUUAAUGUGUUUAAAUCAUUUUGUCAUGUAGCAGAGUUAUAGGACAGCAAACAUCAAUAUAAUCUUUGAAUGGUCAAAGUUGUUUGAGUUUGGAAAACUUUGUGAUGAUUGUUGAUGGAGAAGAAUUUUGAAAAAGAAAAUGUGUUUGUUUAUUUGUUGUAUUGAUCAUCUUUCUUUUUAUGUUGUUCAUUAAAUGUUUUACAGCAUUA